AUGAAUCAUACAAAUCAGAUAAGUAAUGUUUAAAUAUUCUUGAAAUAUUUAAUCCUUGUUGCUCUUAUAGAGAUAUAAAAUGGGUGUGAAUAUUAAAAUUAUGAAGAUGGAUUGAUUUCUAUUAAACACCCAAUGGCAAUAUAUAAUCUAGAAAUAGGAUGCUCAGAAACAACAGAUGAGAAAAUAUAUAGUUUUGGAUUUUGGAGUCUUUAUAUUCCAUUAUAGGAGUUUCAGAGUUUUCCUUAAGUUACAUCUCCUUUCAAAAAUAAUGUUACUGAAGAUGGAUAAUUAAUAUUUAUGUUGAAUGAAAUAUUCAAAACAACAUUAGUAGGCUAUUUAAGAUUUGAUUACACACAUCUCUAAGUAAUUCACACGAUAUUGGUUUAUAAUCAAGAAUAUGUUGAAUAAAUAUAAUUCAUAUAUAAUGCUGAAAAUUAUGAAGGAACUUGGUUAUUGUGUUUUAUUGCUAUUGAUACAUAAAAAGAAGAAAUAAAAUUUGAAAUGACUGGCUAAGAUUCAAUCUCAACAAAUUUCAAUUCAGAUUAAGAGAAAUUUCAAAUUAUUUUGGGAGGUCGAGGACAUGUAAUUAAUAAAUUAUAUUUUAUGAUAGAUUUUUGAAACGUUAAACUUAAAUAUAUUUAGAGGAAGGUUGUCAAAAUUGAUAUAAAUAGUGCCUUGUGCUUUUGAUAAAAAUACAUUUGAAUAUAUAUCGUAAUAUUGCAUGAUACCUGAAAAAAUCAUUUAAGAAUAGAGUGUUUAUCUAGUAAAUUAACUUUAAAUAUUUGAUGGUGAUACAUUACUUCAAAGUAGUAUUGAUCAAUUAGGCAAAAAGUACUGUUUAUCUGGUUGGAUCAAAUAUGACACAUCAAAGGUAAUUGUAAAGAGCAUUUAUCCUUUCAUUAGAUUAACAAAUCAUAAAAACUAUAAUAAAUAAAAAAAUAUAGGAGAUGAAUUAUUUAAAUUUGAGGUUUGGUUAUAUAGUUAAUUAUAAUACUUAUCCUAAAUUGUUGUUCAGGUUGAUGUUUAUGAUAUUCCAAAAAGAGGAAACCAGGCAAAUUUAGUUGAGAUAAAUGGAUAAAAAUUAUUAUUUGAUACUAAUAAUAACUAUUAUUUUGAAGGAUUACAAAAAUGGCAUUUUAUUAAAUAUGAAUAUGGGAGAGAAUCUGAUAAUUAAAAAAUGUUAUUAGAGAUUUAAUUUUAUAAUGAAUUGAAUUUGAAAUAAAUAUCUUUUGGAAAUAGUCGUUAUUAAUCAUCCUUUUUAAAUUCAAUAAUAUAUUUUUAUAUAGGAGGAGAUGAUUUUAAUACUGAUUUACUUUAAGCAUCAAUUUAUAAUUUAAAAUUUGAACACAAUUAUCAUUUAGAUAAGAUACUUUUAUAUGAUGGUAUUUAUAUUUUCAAAUCCUUUUAGCAUGUCAUUACUCAUGUUAGGAAUGUGAUGGACCUAUGGAAUAAAAUUGUUUAUCAUGCCAAAUUAAUUCAUAUAGAAUAUAUUUACCAGAAGAAAAAAGAUGCUAAUGUCAAAUAAAUUAUUUGAAUUAAGAAGGUCAAAUGUUAUGUAAGAGAUAUGAGGAUGAAUUUUCAUCAAUCAUUAAAUUUUAAAGAGAAGUUCAGGAAUAAAUGAUUUGUCACUUUGGAUAUUUUAGAAUAUUUUUGAAUACAAAUGAUUACAUUUGUGUUUAAUGGUAUUAAUAUAAUUUAUUAAUUUAAAUAGUCCUUAAUAAAAUAAAUUUGAUUUAUUAUGUGUAGAUUGUUAUUAUAAUCCUUAAUAAUGGUAUUUGGAAUCAGUAUGUAAAUUAGAUUUAUUGGUUAUGUAAUAAAGUUUUGGUAGCUCAUAUCAAUUAAAAGAAAGAGAUAAAUAAGAGUAUGAUCUUUAUUUGAUUGAUUUAACUUUUACUUUAGAAUUACAUGAAGGUUUUUAAGAAUAUUGUAAUCCAUUAUUAGAUGAUAUAAAUUGUCAUUAAGUAUAAUACAUGCAUCUAGGAAAACAAAUUUAUGUAAAAUGUAAACCAAAUUAUUAUUAUUUUGAUGAUGAUUGUCAUAGAGUGAAUUCUACUUGUUAAAGAGUAGAUAAAUUAGGGAAUUGCAUACUUUGUAAAUCUGGUAUGUACUUAUAAGAUAACCUUUGUCUCUAAUGCCCUGAAGAUUGUAAUUAAUGCAAUUUCAAUAUUUAAACGUAAAAGCCUAAUUGUAUUUCUUGCUAUGAGUAAUUUGCUGUUUUUAAUGGAUUUUGUAAACAAUGUGGUUCUUAUUGUUAAGUUUGUUAAGAUUAUUAUGAUGAAAUAAUGGACUCAAAUUAUCUGAAAUGCUAUAGAUGUAUUAAUGAUUAAAAAUACUUUAUAUCUUUUGACGGAAUUAAUUGUCAGAAGAAUUAAAUCUAAAAUUGUCAAUAUGCCUUCUAAAUUCUAUCAAAUAACUAUUAAAUUAAUACUUUAGAUUAUUAUUUUUUACCAAUUUCAUUUCACAAAGAUAUAAUUACUGUUUGUGGUAGAUGUAUUGUGCCUUAUAUUUUUGAUAUUAAAACCUAGUAAUGUUUAUUGGGAGAAACAGUAAAUUGUGAAUUUGGUGUUUAAAAAGAAAUAUUUGGAUUAUCACCAAUUGGUAUUGAAAUAACAUUGGAUGAUAAUAAAUAUGACUCUUAAGUAGAUCUAGACCAAGAGGAUAAUGAUGAUCAAAAUGGAUAGAAUGUCAAUACAGAAAAUAUAGAUCCAAUUAUAAUAGAACAAGAAAUUAGUUUAGAACUUAUUGAUGAUGUCACAGAAAUAGAACCUGAUAUUAGUAUUGAACCAGAUCCUGAAAUAACUGAAGAUACUAAUACUUCUUAUUUUUAAUAAUAUUGUUUGAUUGCAUAAGACUAAAUAGAUUCUACAAUUAUUUAAUUUAAUAAUCUUUGCUCUGGUCAUGUUUCUAAUUGUGAUACUUGUUUACUUGGUAGAACAGAAUCUUAAAUUACUUGUUUAGUAUGUUUACGUGGAUAUUAUGCUGAAAAAUUGUCAGGAAAAUGUUAUUUAUGUCCAUAAAAUUUAAAUUGCUUUCAAUGCUAUUAAUAAUAAAAACUAUAAAAAGAUAAUUGGAAGGAUAAAAUAAGAGCAUUUUAUAGAUAUAUAAUUGAAAAUAAUAAUGAACAUCCAUUUACAUUAUAUGGAUAAAGUUAGAACAUUCAAGAUUAUGAAAUUGUAUGUAGUACUUGUAAGUUUGGAUAUGAAUUAAAGUAAAAUAAAUGUAUUCCAUAAUGCUCAGAAUUUUGUUAGGAAUGUUAAUUAAUUAAUAAUGAAAAUAAGUGCAUUAGAUGUUAAUUUGGAUUGUAAGGUAGACAAUUAACUCUUUAUAAUAAUUAGUGUAUUCAAUGUCCUUAAAAUUGUGCUUUAUGCAAAGUUAGGUCUUUAUCUGAAAUUAAAAUGAUAAAUUCAUUAUUUGACAAUAUUAAAUAUUUAUAUAGUGCUUAUUAAUGUUUAAAAAGCUUUCAAGAUCAAAAUUACUUUUAUGAUUAAGAAAUAGGACAGUUUUUAUAAUGUUCAUCUGAAUAAAUAGGAUGUGUAAAUAUAUUAAUUCUACCAAUUAAUUUAUACUGUUCUUAAACCCUUUAUGAUGCAGAAUUGAAUAAAAAAUAAAAUGAAAAAGAAAGAAAAAAAUUUUAUUAAGAGAAUUUACAUAUCAAUGAUUUAACUUCAGGUUAAAGUUUUCAUUAAGUAUUCAAUUUUAAUUUUAUUAAAUUUAGUUUGAAAAUGAUUAAUUUUACUAGUAUGGAAUGGAAUAAAUAAUUAAAACGAUUAUUAUUAAAAUUACAAGUCAAGGUGAAUAGGUUUGUUUACUUCCAGAUAAUGCAGUCAUAAAAUAGUAAUUUAGUUAAAACAUAUUUUCAGCAAUGUAAAUUUGUUUUAUAUUAUAUUUAGAAAUGUUUAGAUUGAAUUAAACUUUUAACAUUACACUGUAUUUUAAUAUUAAAAAAAUUUGAGUUUUGUUAAUUUCUAAUUAAUAUCUAUAACUGGACUCGUUUUAAUGCCAAUCCAAAAUAAUUAUAUUAAGUAACUACUAUUUGUUAGUAUUUUUAAGUAAUAAAUAGAUUUAAAUUAAAUUAAUUAUUGUUAAAAAUAACAAACAAAAGAUUAAUCAAUUAUUUAAAUAUAAAAUGUUUCAAAGUUGAUAAUUAAUGAUUUUAUUGUAUAAGAUCUAUACCAAACAGAAGUUUAAUCACUAAUCAAUAUUACAAGCACUAUUUAUCCAAAAUAUAUCUACUUAAAAAAUGUAAGAAUAUUAAAUUCUAUAUUGUCAAACCAAAUUACCUUAUUAUUAUUUCUAAAUUUAAAUGACAAGAUUUAAAUAGAGAAUUUAGUGUUAACUUCUCUUUUUAACAAUUCUAUAUUAAUAGAGUCUAAAAAUAUUGAAGAAUUAUAAGUAGGAUAAAUAAAAUUAUCAAAUUUAUCAAUACAAUCCUCAAACAUUUUGAAUUCUUAGACAUUUGUUAAUUUAAAAAAAUUUUAAAAAGUUGAAAUUAUUUCAAUAUCAUUUUUUGAUACAAAUAUUAACAAUUCUAUAUUACUUUAUUUAAAUAAUCAAAUCAAUUUGAUAAAUCUAAUCAUAAGAGUUUGUAAAUUUUAGUAUAACUCUACUGCCAUUACCAAUUGCAAUAAAGUGUUAUAUGGGAAUUUAUAAUUUACAUUUGAAAAUAUUUCUUUUAUAGAGAAUGAAUAUCAUUAAACAACAAAAUUCAUUCAAUUGAAUAAGUAAAAUAAUAAUUUUAGUGAAUUAUCUAUAAAAGAAUUAAAAAUAUUAAAUAAUUUUGUGACUGAGAUAACAUUUGAUUUUGAUUUUUAAUUAUUUGAUUCCUCUCUAUUUUAUUUUUAACUUGAUAAGAUAAUACUUAAAGGAAUUAGAAUAGAAAGAGGAUAUGGUUUAAUUGAUAUGAGUUUUGUUAAAACUACAUCUCUAAUUAUUCAUAAUAUCUAUAUAACAUAAGGGUAUAAAUCUUAAUUUUUAGGUUUACAUUAAUAUUUAGAUUGUUAAUUAUAAUAAGUAAAGGGCCAAUAUUAUUUGCAAUCACUAUAUAUUUAUUCAUCUUGUUAUUUAGAAAUUAUGAAUAUUGUAAUUGAAAAAAGUCAAUCAUAUAAUUCUCCAAUAAUUUUUUAUUAAUCAGCUGAUUCUUAAAUUCAGAACAAUUAAGAAUAAAUUAUAAUUACAAAUUGUAUUGCUUAAAAGAAUUUACUGCUAUUAACUUCAAAUAUAUAAUAAACAUCAUUAUUUUUCAUAAAUUCUGUUUAAAAUUCUACUAUCAAAUUUAGUAAUUUAACAUUUGAAAAUAAUAUUUUACAUGAAUAUUAUUAAAAUACCUUAAAAAUGUCAGCUAGUUUGAUUUAUUUAGAAUGUUAAAAUUGUUAAAUGUAAAUUGGCGAAUCAAAUUUCAAAAAAAACUUUGCUUCUAAUACUUCAAAUUCUAUAAUUUCAAUUAAAGUUUAAUAACUUAAAUUAUAUAAUUGUAAGUUUAGUGAAAAUAGCUUAUUUCAAUAUGAUAUAUUUAAAUAAUAUUUAUUAUGGGGAUUUUAGGAUUAUGAUAUUGUACAUAUUGAAGAUUUAAGUAAAAUAUUUAAUAUAAGAUCAGAGACAGGUAAUGGAUAUUUUGUAGUUGAAUAAUUAUUUAUUAAAAAUAGCAUUUUUAUUUCAUCUUAAGGAUUUGCUGGAGCAGGAUUUUCUAUAAUUGCAUAAAAUGAUGCUAAUAUAUAAAUUGAAAAUGUUAAGCUGUACAAUAUUAGCACUUAUUUUAUUGAUUAAAAUGAAUUUGGAGGUGGAAUUUAUAUUAACAGUAAUAAUGUAAACUCAAUUUCUAUUAAAAUAUCUAAUAUUUAGGCUAGAAAUAUAUCUUGUAGAUAUUAAGGUGGCCUAAUUUAUAUAAGAUCUGGAUUUAAUAAUAUCUAUCUAUUGAUUAAUAAUAUAUCUGCUUAAGAUAUUUAUUCUCAAUCAGGAUCAAUUUUAUUUGUUUAAUUUUCAAUAUUAUCCUAGUAUUAAUAGAAUAUAUACAUCAGUGAAGUUGAAGUUAGGAAUUCCUUUAUUGGAUAUUUAAAUUUUUUAGAACUUAAUAAAAACUUAGAACAUUUAGAAGAAAAUAAAUUAUUAUUUAAUAGAACCCUUAUAUAUAUUGAAUAUGCAACUAAAAUAAUUAUUGAAAAAUUAACAAUCUAAAAUUUAAUUUAUGAAUCAAUGGUUACAUUAUUAAAAUCAUAGAAAAUAUAAUUAAAAGAUAUUUAAAUUUCAAAUUGUCAAUUAACUAAUAAUUUAAUAUACAUAUCACCAAAAUAAAGUAAUAGAUUAUUUUAUCAUAGUGACAUCUUCAAAAAUAGCUUUGGAGAGGAUAGCAAUUUCAAACAUCCUUAUUGGUCAGAUAAUUUCAAACAAUAAGUGCGAGUAUACAAAUCAACAAAAAUAACUUAUAUAUUUUUAAUGUCUUAGUAGGUUUGUAUAAAGUUGUGAAGUAUUAGUUGAAUAUGAUAAAAAUGAAGAAUUGAAAUAUUCUUAUUGUUUGUUGAAUUAAUUGAAAAAUAGAUUCUAAAAUUAAAAUGGAAAAAUUGGAUUAAUUUAGAUAGAUGAAUUUUAUCAUUAAAAUUUAAAUAAGAUUCGCUAGAUAAGGAUAAGAAAUGUAUAAUGUCAAUUAUGCAAUUAUGGGUUUAUAUUUAUAAAUGCUGUUGAUAAUGAUAAGUAAAUUUAUACAUCAGAAAUACAUUAGGUAAAAAUAACUAAUUGUUCUUGUGGUAUAUAAGGUUGUUUAAUUUUGAGUAAGAAAUCUGAAAAUUAAAUCAACAAAAGAAUAUUAUAAAGAAAUAAUGUUUAAUUAUUGUAAAAUACAUUUGAAAUGUUGAUUGAAAAUUAUGUUUGUUUAAAUAAUACUAGUAAUGUUGGUACUUGUUUGAAUGUUAAUAAUUUAAAAGUUUUGGUUUAAAAUUGUCAUUUUCAUAAUAAUUCAGCAAUACAAUUUGGAGGUGCAAUUUUAGUAUAAGAUUAAUAAGAAAUGAUAUUAAUUAAUAGUUCUAUAUAAGACAAUUAAGCAUAAAUUGGUGGUGGAAUUUAUUUGGAGAAAUAAUUCGAAGUUAAUUAUAAAUUAUUAGGAACAGUAGUUAAUAAUAAUAAAGGGCUUUUAUUUGGUAAUAAUGUUGUUGGAAUACCUUAAAGAUUGGCUAUUAAAUUUGCUGAAUAUUAAUAAAUAUUGUAAAAUAAAAUUAUAAUUAAUAAUGAAUAAUUAGUUGUAGAUUAAACUUUAUUGAGCAAUAUAAAAUAAUUAAAUAAUAUUAAUUAAGAUAUUGUUUAUUUACCUAGUGGAUAGAAGAUUUCAAACUAUAAAAUUUUUAAUUUAAAUUCUAGAAGUUAUGUGAAACAUGAUUUUGGAUUUUAGAUAGUUGCUUUAAGUUUGAAUUAUGAAAUUAUAUAGAAUUUAGAUGGUACAUAUUGCACAAUAAAUAGUUAUCUAAUAAAUUUAGAUAACAAUCAAAGUGAAAUUAAAGAGAAUUAAAAUAAAUAUUUAAAUAUAGAUAAAGUUGAAUUUAAUACAUCUACAUAAAGUUAUAAUUUAGAUGAUUUGAUUAUAUAUUUUGAUAAUCAGACUCCUGAAAAUAUAAUAUUAUAACUUGAAUUUUAAUGUAAUUCAAUAAGAAUUCCAAUAUUUAAUUACUCAUAUCCAUUUAAUAUGUUAAAGGAACACAAUAAUUAUAAAUUAAGAAUGAAUAUUAGAACUUUGUAAUGUUAAUAUGGUGAAGUAAAAAAUUAAACUGAUCAAUCUUGUCAUUAAUGUGAUUCAAAUUAAGGUUUAUAUUCAUUAUUAAGAAAUUAAUAUUAAUGCGAAAUUAUUGAUGAAGUAUCUACUAUAAGUGUUAAAUAAGCUAUGUUGAAAUUAAGAAUUGGUUUUUGGAGACCAUAUUUUGAUACUAGUUAAGUGAGUGAAUGUUUUAACUUACCUAAGAAUUGUUAGGGUGGUUGGGUUGAAGGUGAUACUUCUUGUUAUCUUGGACAUAUUGGUGCAUUAUGUGAAUAAUGUGAUUUAAAUAAUAUAAGAGGUGAUGGUGAAUUUACAGUAAGUGAUAAAUUCUCUUGUAGUUCCUGUUAAGAAACGAAAUUAAACAUUUUAUUUAUCACAUUGAUUAGUAUUUGGUAAUAAUUUCAUUUUAUUCAUAGGACAAUGAUAUCUAUUCUAAUAUCAGUUCAAAGUACAAUAUAAGCUAUAUAAGAAAAUAUGAAGAUCAUAAAUAUUAUAAAUAUGGGAUUUGCAAUUUGUCACAAUAGAAAUUAAUCUGCAAUACUUUUAAAAAUGUUUACUAACUAUUUAUAAAUAGUGGGAUCGAUUACUACAUUCUAAUUAAAUACACCAAAAUAAUUAGAUAAUACAAUUAAUAUUUUUGGUAAUCCUAUAUAAAGUGUCUCAUAUUCUUUAGAUUGUUUUCUUUUGAAAUAUUUUUCUCUUGAAAUUCAUUAUUCUCGAGCAAUGUGGUACAUUAUAAUGCCUUUCAUAUAUAUUAACAUUUUUAUAUUCCUUUAUUUUUUAGGAGUUAAAAUCAAAAUAUUUAAUUUUGAUAAAAGUGUUAUCUCUACAACUUUAAUAUACAUUUACAUCUAUUUAUAACCUUGUUUAAUAGCUGGUUUAAUAUCUUUAAUAGCUUAUAGAACAAUUUCAGGAUAUUAGUGGAUUUCUAUAAAUGUCUCUUAUAGAUAUGAUACACAAUAACAUUUAUUUUGGAUGCUUUCAUUUUGUUUACCAAUUUUAUUAAUAUUGGCUCUUUUUGUGCCAGCAUUCUUUUUCUAUGGUCUAUAUUCUAAUAGAAAUAAUCUUGAUAAUAAAUAGGUAAGAUUACAUUGGGGAUAUUUGUAUAACGAAUAUACUAAAACAGCUUAUUUUUGGGAAAUAAUAAAAAUAAUAGAAAAAUAGUCAAUUAUUAUAUUCCUUACCUAUUAUGAUGAUAAUAUAAUAAUAAAAGCAACAAUUCUGUUAUUAAUAAUAUUAAUGUAUUAACAAUUAAAUUAAAAAUAUAAACCAUAUAAUUUAAACAAUUUAAAUAAAUUGGAUUAUUAAUCAGCUAAUAUUUGUUUGAUUUCAUUGGUUCUUGCAACAGGAAUAUAUGGAUCUCAAUAAUCAGACAAUUAUGAGAUAACAUUGCCAUUUUUAAUAUUAUUGACAAUAAUCAAUUUCCAUUUUAUUUAUGUAUUAAUAACUAAGAUAAUAAUUGAAUUCCUAAAGGAGAAGAGUUCAAAUUAUGAAAUUUUAUUUGAUACAAUAAGAGAAUUUAUUAAAUCUUAUAUCCCCUGUAUCCAUAAAGUUCCUUAUUUAAGGAGAUUACUCAUAAAUAGAGCAUAAUAAAAAUUAAGGGUAAAUUAAUAUUAUUAUAAAUUGAAAAAAUUCUUAAUUCCUCAAGCUAAAACAAUUAUUAAAUACAAAAAUCAAUAAAUAAAUAAAUAAUUAUAUGAAAAACAAAUUGAAUCUACAUAUAGAUUUUCAUCUUCAAAUAGAGACAGAUAAAAAAUGAUAAAAUUUUCAUUUAGAGAGAGUUCAUCCUAUACAUCCAAAUAAUCUUAUGCUUAAAUAAUUUUAGAUUAAAUGUAUUAAUUAUAAUUAAAUAAUAGAAAAUAAAAAAAUUAAGAAUAAUUACCUGAUAUCUAUGAUUAUAUUCCUGAAAAUAUAGACAAAGAUAAACUUGAAUCUAAAUGA